UUGACUGCAAACCCAUCCGCUGUGCAGGAGAAGGGUUUUCUAGCACAAUGAUUGGAAGACUGGCCGCUCUGAUUCUUCUUGGUACAGUGUAUCUGAUUCAAACUGCAGAGGUUCCUCAACAGGUCUCUUUGACUUUGGUUGAACUUGGUGGAAAUGUUACGUUGUGGUGUCCAGUUUUCAGAGAAGGAUACUUUUACUGGUACAAGCAGACUUUGGGACAUAUGAUCCAAACAGUUGCUAGAGUAACUUUCACUGGACAGAAACUUAGUCUGCAAUUGAACAACACACGUUUCAAAGUCACAGGAGGGAAGACUCGGUAUUCUCUUACCAUCAGAAAUAUAACCAAAGAGGACGAAGCAACAUAUUUCUGUUUCAUUGGAACAGCGUAUGGACAAAGUUUUGUCAACGUCACCUUCUUGGCUGUUAAAGAUCGUAAGCAGCAGAGAUCUUUCUACGUGAAACAAAGUCCGCUCACUGAGUCGGUCCAGCCGGGCGACUCGGUGACUCUCCAGUGUUCACUUGUCUCCAGGAACAAAGAAGACAGAGUCCAGUGUCCAGGUGAACACAGUGUGCACUGGUUCAGAUCUGGAUCAGGAGAAUCUCAUCCAGGCUUCCUUCACACUCACAGUGAUGCUCAAGAAGAAAGAAGUUGUGACUUCAGUCUGUCCAAAACUAUACACAACUCCUCUGAUACUGGGACCUACUACUGUGCUGUGGCCACAUGUGGAGAGAUCCUGUUUGGUGAAGGAACCCAAGUGGACACAAAAACCGGGUUGGGGUCCUUAAGUGACAAUAUAUUUCUGCUCCUGCUGUGUGCUGUCUUGGCUAUAAGUGUGAACGUCGCAGCUUUCCUCAUUUACGCCAUCAAGAAAAACAAGUGUGAUUAUUGCAAUAAUGAAGCUGCUGUUUUGCUUCUAGAAAGUGUUGCAAAAAGGAAGUUAAAGAGAAAUGAAGACGCGUGGAUGUAUUCUACUGUCGUCUUCAAUGUGAUGAAAUCUGCCGGUGGUGGAACGAGGGACGCCAAAGCAGCGGAGAGAGAGAGGAUCUACGCCGCAGUCAAGGCUUUUGGGUUGGAUUAGCAUGUUGAGGGGACUGUUUGAGGUCAACAGGUGAAAUGUGGCAGCUGAUGGUCCUGCUUUAACGUUUUGGUCUUAUGCUUACGUGUACAUUUAGUUGACGGUAAUAAGAAUAUAUGGUCGAAGGCCUGUCACACUGAUACUUUACUGUCACACCAACUUCCUGUCUUUGUCUUCUGGGUUAUUUUGUCGUCUUUACCGUGGUUAAACAUUUCUAAAAUUGGAGUUCUACAAAAAAUGUUAUUUAGUUAUAACUAUGAUGUGGGUUGAAUGUAAUGUGUAGGGUUUCAUUGUUUUCAUCGUUGCUGGUUAAUAAAAUGCUACUGCAGUCAUAAUGACAUUAACAAGAAUGUAAAAAGUGAAAUCUGUGGCGUUGUCGUGCAGCUAUUUCUGGCUACAAAAAGAGACCACGAAUUAGGAAGCAUUUAUAUUUUGUUUGUGU